GCAAAUGUUGGGCUCUAAGGACGAAUAUCUCACAAGAACUUCAUCUCCCCGCGUCAUCGACGAGACGCUGUGGAGCAACGAUUUCGAUGUCGAUCUCAGUUUUGCCAGCGCAGCUGACACUGUCUUGACUGGCUACCGCCCGGCCCGCCUGGUCUCCUACAACAUCCACGGGUGGCGAGACACUCGUCACAACGACAACUUCGAUCGCCUUGUUGCUGUGCUCAAGAAGAUCAGCCCUGACGUCAUCGCCCUUCAGGAGGUGCUCCAUCCUUACCGCCCACCCUCGGAUCCAGAGGAGGCCAAGGAUUACUUCGAUCUUGUCAAGAGUGGGAAGGGCAAUGGCUUCGUAGCCAAGAGCACCGAUAACAAGCUCCCCUACCUUGAGGCUCUUGCCAAGGCUCUCCACCUCCCCUUCAUCAGCUUCGGCCAGGCCACCGACGAUGGCUACUUCGGCAAGUUUGGAUAUGGCAACGCCAUCCUAUCCAAGUUCCCCAUUGUGGAUGAGACUCACGUUGUUGUCAAGCCUCAUCCCCGCCAUCAGGCUGGCAGGCGCAUCGAGGCCGAGGACAGGUGUUUCUCAGCCGUCAAGGUCGAGCUCGAGCAAGACAUGUUCUGCACCUUCUGCGUGACCCACCUCGACCAACUGUCGGAGGAGCUGCGUGUAGAGCAGGUGGCCGAGAUGAUGUCCAGCAUGAAGGACAUCGGCCCUCACAUCCUCUGCGGCGACUUCAACGCCUUCCAGCGCUCCGACUGCUCUGAGGAGCAGUGGAACAAGAUCCUGGACGACGCCAAGAGCAAGGGCUGGACUCCUCCCCCGGAGACGACGCAGGCAGUCAGCGACAUGCAGACUCGAGGAUACGUGGACUGCUUCUACCAGAGCAUGAACCACGUUGAGGAGAUUUUCGACCCCGAGAAGGCUGUGGAGGGGAUGACCAAGGACACUAAGUUCCCUGGCCCCACCUGCUGGGUCGAGAAGCCUUUGCUCCGCAUCGACUACGUCUGGUUGUCCAAAGGGCUGCAGUCGACCAAGGUGCAGCAGUACCAGCGGGUGAUGGACGACGCUUCUGAUCACUACCCGGUCUUCGUGGACCUGGUCAUCUGCUCCGACAAGGAGUCGACGGAUACCAGCUCGUGCCAGAGCGACUCUGCCAGCAGCCUCGACUCUGCGUGAGGAGGCUGGGACGAAGAGGGUUGUCAGACUACCUUCCGUGCAGGAUGCCGUUGAAGUGUGAAAUGUUGUUUCGUCAGGAUACUUGGUGCCCGUAAUUGUUGAGAGUUGAGCGAUCGGUGUUGAUGUGUACAGACUCCGUGACCGUCCGUUUUUUCAAAUUCAUUUCACACACACAAACAUAACUUUGCUUUUUAAUACACGACUAGUGUUUCCAUCUA